GUAGCGGGCCCGGGCCCGUUGCCUAGCAACCGCGGCGCCGCUCUGCGCAUGCGCGACCCCGCUUCGGGGAGCCCUGAAACGGAAGUGACGCGAGGUGAAAGGUCGGCGGGCUUCCUUUUCCGGUGUGGGCGCCAUCGCAGCGGCUGUGUCGAGAUGGGCAAGUUUAUGAAGCCGGGGAAGGUGGUGCUGGUGCUCGCCGGCCGCUACUCGGGGCGCAAGGCCGUCAUCGUGAAGAACAUCGACGACGGCACCUCCGACCGGCCCUACAGCCACGCCUUGGUGGCGGGCAUCGACCGCUACCCGCGGAAGGUGACGGCGGCGAUGGGCAAGAAGAAGAUAGCCAAGAGGUCCAAGAUCAAGUCGUUCGUGAAGGUUUACAACUACAACCACCUGAUGCCCACCCGGUAUUCCGUUGACAUUCCCCUGGACAAAACCGUUGUCAAUAAGGACGUGUUCAGGGACCCCGCUCUGAAACGCAAGGCGAGGCGUGAAGCCAAGGUGAAGUUUGAGGAGAGGUACAAGACGGGCAAGAACAAGUGGUUCUUCCAGAAGCUACGAUUCUAACCUUGUAACGAGGCGGUGUCAAUAAAUGUUUAUUAAAAACCA